AUGGCGUGUGUUGCUAAGGAGAAUAUUAACUACAUGGAUGGCUUUUUGCUUGUCGUCAUUCAAAUAAUCGCUAUCUCUGGAAAUAGCUUGUUCUUUGUUGGACUUAUAAAAUUUCCAUCAAUGCGAAACACCACGAAUAUUUUUCUUUGUUGUUUGGCAUCAGCAGACAUUAUUGUGGCACUUGUUCCAAUGAGUGUUACAUUUGCUAUCUAUGCCUGUAAUUUUGGUCCUAGAGAUCAAACAGACCUUCUUUAUAAAGAUGUCACACUUACCUAUAUCAUACUUGACAUAACAUGCGGAACAGCUUCCAUUCUUUCGCUAACAGUAAUCGCAAUGGAUCGUUAUUUCGCUAUUAAUUGGCCCUUUGUACAUGAACGUGUCAUCGUACCCACAUUGGCGGCAUGUGCUGUCGUAGCAAUUUGGCUGAUAGCAUUCACAACAAGCUUGAUCCGCUUAGACGAGUCAUUGCCAAAAUCACACAUUUUGUUGUCAAACAUUCUUAUUUCCUUUGGAAUUCCGCUGGCGGUUAUGACAUAUUGCUAUGUAAACAUCGCUGUGAUCGCGCGAAGGCAGUCGAUACGCAUUGCGCAACUUACCGCAGCAGGACUAUCAUCACAACGCCGGUCGGAACAAACGGAGACUGAAACAACAAACAUGGAAUUGUCUGGAAGAAAUGAAGCCAAGCCUGAUGUGGAAGGAUCAAACAACUGUGCCAUUGAAGGAAAAGAAGAAGAAAGGAAAUCGAAAAAGGAUACAGUAUCAAAAACUAUGUCGACGAUUAGGAGAGGAACAGUCCAUGCAGUGACACGGUUGAAAAAAGUUGGCAAAGAGCUGAAAGCUGCCAAAACAUUGGGAAUCGUAAUGGGCGUAUUUAUCUUGACAUGGACACCGUUCAUGAGUGUAAACAUAAUCUCUUACAUGUAUUGCCAUCCCUACACUCCAAAAUGCAAGGAAAUGCUGUCGUACAAUAUGGUGAAGUACUUAAAAUUGCUGCACUAUGCAUCAAGUGCCCUAAACCCGUGCUUAUAUGUGCUCCUGAAUCGCAAAUGGAGGGAUAUAUUCAGACAGAUGCUCUGCUGCGGCACUGCAAAUAGGAUUUCUGGGGAGAUGCGAACUUCAUUGGUGGGAGGCUGGUGA